GGCGCAUGCGUUCAACGCACUAGCGUUGGCAGGCAAAGAUGGCGGCGGGCUCCGAUUUGUUGGAUGAUGUUUUCUUCAACAGAGAGGAGGACAAAAAAGUAGUCAGAGAGGCAGUGAGAGCUCCGGAGAUCUUCUUAACUCGAGCAGUUGGAACUAAUUCAACGUCUGCAGCUUAUUUCGCAACAAAUCACGUCUGCGGUCCAACUACAGUCGGUAGUUUCAAUAGUAGUAAAACUGGAUUUUUACAAUAUUAAGCAGGUAAGACAUCUACGCUCACUGAUUAGCCGAGAGUAGCUAGUUUUAGUCAGGUUGUUUAACUUUACUGCGGGAAACUUUAUUUGACUUAUCGCUCUCCCGAUACUACAGAGAAUUGGGUAGUUGUUUGGUACAUCCCUGGUUGCCGUAUGUUUGAGCUGCGGUAGCGGCAGGAGUUGCGGGAGCUGUCAGUAACUGAUCGGAGAGUUUCCCACGGUUACAGCAUGGAUGGGACGGCUGGGAUCACACCGGCGGCUGAACACAGCACUACAGCCGCGCAAAGUCAUACAGCAGCAUCAGAUGCAACAGCUGACAAACAACCGGCGGCUGCCGCUCCAGCUUUGGAUGAAAGCGGCGCGGUGAUGAACUGUCACAUCCCCGGAAGCGGACAGUCGGACAGAUCUCCGACAGCUGCUGUCAACGGACCCUCCUCUGCAUCACCUGGUUUUAUUAUUCGAACUUCUGUUGAUGCACAAAACAGUGCGAUCUCUUCUGGGGAUUCAUCUCAGUGUUCUGUGAAAACUGUUCCCACUGUGGCGCUGGUGAGGCCACCGAUACAAACUUCCAACACUGUCCUGUCAUCAGGGAGCCUCAGUGAUUCCUGCAAAGCCGAACCUUCUAAAACUAUAACCCCAACCGGUGCUCAGGUCCCUGCUUCAAGUGUUUUGACAACUACGACUUCCACUAUGAGGAGUCCAACUGUGCUACAAAACAUGAGAACUACAUUUUCGCCAACAAUCGGUGGCAGCCUGCCUGGGGUAACACGGACCAUCGCUCCACAGGUGUUGGCCCCUCGGGCCACUCAGCCUAAUCAAAACACCACAGGUGUCCAAAACUUCCAGCUCCCUCCAGGUAUGGUGUUGGUACGCAGUGAGAGUGGGCAGCUUCUGAUGAUUCACCAGCAGACCUUGGCUCAAAUGCAGGCUCAGGCCCAAUCACAAAGCGCAAUUACGCCACGACCUGUUGCCCCGAGCACCACGCCGUCUGUCCAGGUUACAGCCUCUCAGACUCCUGGGGCUCCUCUGCUGGCUCGCUCAGUAACUCCAACCACCAUCAUCAAACAGGGUUCCCCUGUUCAAACUACAGUCACCACCACCGCCACACUGCAGAGGCCUCCAGUUCUCCAGAAUACUAUUGUACUGGGAGGAAAUGCGUCUUCUUCAGGUCAGGCCCUUGGAACAUCAGCAACAGUCCAGGCAACGACAGUAGUGACUCAGAGGGUGGCGCCCCUCGGAGCCACUGGGGCGCCCCUUGCUCCUAUAGCCAUCUCAGCUGAAACAUUAGAAAAUGUGAAAAAGUGUAGAAACUUUCUGUCUACACUCAUCAAAUUGGCAUCAAAUGGAAAACAGUCAUCGGAGACUACAGCCAGUGUCAAAGAGCUUGUUAAGAGCCUGCUGGAAGGAAGGAUAGAGCCUGAUGAUUUCACCAAGCAGUUGUACAAGGAGCUUAACUCUUCCCCUCAGCCAUACCUUGUCCCCUUCCUUAAGAGAAGUCUUCCAGCUUUGCGCCAAAUGACCCCAGACUCAGAGGCCUUCAUCCAGCAAAGCCUUCUGCCCCAGCCAAGCACUCAGCCAACUGCAGCAGCCUCCACAGCCCUCGGCGCUGUUGUGCUGCGACCUCCUCUUCCCCCUACAGCCACUGCAGCCACAGGCACUGCUGCAACCAAAGCCACCGUCAUUACCCUGUCCCAUAAAGCCAACAGUAAACCUGGAGUGGUGGUACCUCAGCAGCCGGGCGGCACAGUGAGGCCACAGGUGACGUUGGCUCAGUCUCCUUUGGUGACAAUCCGAGGAGCAGCUCCGAGCCGGAUUAUUGUCGGUCAGCCACAGAUUGUCAGGCAGAUUUCACGAGUCUCCAUGGUGAAGCAGACCGUAGUUCCAGGGGCCAGAGGAGUAAAAGUGAUUAACCCAGCGUCUCCCAUCAAUGUCCAGAACAAGCUGAAGGAAGCUGGAGGAGGAACUUUCAAGGAUGAUGAUGAUAUCAAUGAUGUGGCUUCCAUGGCAGGAGUCAAUUUAUCUGAGGAGAGCGCCCGCAUCAUGGCAACCAGCUCUGAACUGGUGGGGAUUGUGACCCGGUCCUGUAAGGACGAGGCUUUUCUCUCCAUCUCCUCUCUCACUCGGAUAGUUCUGCAGAUCGGAAAGAGGUUUGGUGUCAGCGAGUUGGGCACAGAUGUGAUCAGUUACAUUUCCCAUGCUACACAGCAACGACUGCAGAACCUUUUGGAAAAGGCUUCACAUGUUGCACAGCAGAAGAAUAUAAAUUUUAGGGAGGAUGAGCGAUGUGAGCAGGUCAGCGACGUGCGAGCGCAGCUCAAAUUCUUUGAGCAGCUAGAUCAGAUGGAGAAGCAAAGGAAGGAGGAGCAGGAGAGAGAGAUCCUGCUAAAGGCUGCUAAGUCCAGGUCAAGGCAAGAAGACCCGGAGCAGCUGAGACUUAAACAGAAGGCCAAGGAGAUGCAGCAGCUGGAGUUGGCCCAGAUUAGGCAGAGAGAAGCCAACCUAACAGCUCUUGCAGCAAUCGGUCCAAGGAAAAAAAGAAAAACAGACUCCCCUUUAAGUGGUGCAAGUGCAGAGGCUUCAGGGUCAGGUCCCACUCAGCCUGGAGGCUCCAAUGGACCUGGUUCCAGACAGUUUAUGCGACAGCGCAUCACCAGGGUUAACCUCCGGGACCUGCUUUUAUGUCUGGAGAAUGACAGAGAGACCAGUCACUCCCAGCUGCUCUACAAAGGUCUCCUUAAAUAGCAGCUGGAUCGAAGAGACUAGUCACACACAGUGGGAUAAAGCAAGCAGACCUAAUGGCCCUUUAUUUUAUCUGCUGCACUAGAAGAGAUAUUUGCAGGAAGAAAAUAAUUUGAAACACAGAGGAGCCAUCAGCUUUUAAAUGCACCUACUGAAGCACUGGCAUUUUUUGUGGCAUGUUCAGCGAUGAAGUGAUCGGGUAAUGACACCAGUUGCACUCUCACUAACUGAUAUCAAUAUUCAAGUUGUUUAAAAGUGUUUAAAUACAGUUUUAUUACAGAUGCAUAAUCUCAUAUAGAAAAAAAAAAAAAAAAAAGAGUCUAUGGUACGAUUUGAGUACAUUAAGUCGGUUGGAAUAAAGACCCCAGGUUUUUGAAAAAAAUAAACUCAUUGGUACCUCUAAUAUUUUCAUGGUGAAUUAAGCUGAAGGUUUAAUGUAGAUUAAAGAUUUCACGUUGGUCAGAAUGUCUGAAAAUAUAAAAUAAUCGAUCCAUGACUCUUUUCACUGGGGAUAAAUAUGAUGUAACAUAGGCUUGUUUGUCCUGCUUACUGUUUACAAUGAGAACAUUUAGAGUGUGGGCCUUUAACAUUGAUUUAUCAUAAGUCAAAUUUAUUCAAGCUUCCAUAUAAACAUGGCUAGAUCUAUUAUCAGUGUGAUUGUAAAAAAAGAAAAAAAUAUUAAAUAUUUGGAGCUUUAGAAAAAGAUUAGAUUAAGGAGGAACCAACUGUUGUCCAAGACACCUAAAUCUACCAGCACAAUUCCCAUAACAUGUCAUUCAACUCUGUAGAGGUCUGCCAAAGAGCAACUCAUUUAAUUCAUGUCUGCUGGAGAAGAGACUGAUCUAAAAGUUGGCAAAAGAAGGUUUGACAAAAGGUUAACGGUCAGGGUGCUUAUUAACGUGGCCUCAGUGAUGUAUGUAACACAAUCUAUGUCUUUUUUUAUUCUAUUCCCCUCCGACUAAAAAUCUACAAUUAAGAAUUCAGAUAAAAAAAACUGAGAUUAUGAUUCUCUAAUAAAUGCUGAAUUUAUUUCAAUACCUUUUUAACAGGGUUGCCAAUGAGUGUAGAGGGCGCUGUUACUCUGCUUGGCUGUUUUCCUGGUUGUUGUUGAAUCGACAUCUGUUCAGCUGCCUUCUUAAAGUAAAGCCAUAUCCAUUCAUAGUGUUGGUUUAUCUAUUCCAGAGAUUUUGAAUGACUCUGGAUAAAUCCAGUUUUUCUAAUAGGCUGUUUAUGU